AUGAGAUCCUCGAUCGCCCCACCAAUUUGCCGAUCGCCCAAUACAAGCGAGGUUUUACCAGUCGAGCAUAGGCUGCGAGACUCGCUCACGAUGCAUCAGCCCACAACCUUGGAGUCCUUGAUACAACGGAUCAACGAGCACAUUCGAGUUGAGAAUAAUGCCGCCACAGCGACCGAGAAGGUAAAUCCGGUUGCGACAAACAAACGUGUCGCAAGGAAGGUCCACUCAAUGAGACAGGAGGAUAACCGCCCUAAUAACCGAGCUAGAGAGCAACAUCGCGGUGUUAGCGGCAACGACAGAAACAAAGGCCGUGGGAAUGACCGAGCUAAUGCUCCUUGCAAUGAAGAGGAAGAUGCCAUGAGAAAGUUAAAAGCACAAACUAGCAUCGCCACAGUCUUUAAGAUCCUAAUUUAUCGUAUCCUCAGUGAAAUCCGAGGUGAGCCAUACAUUCGUUGGCCGGCAAAAUUGGGAGAUACACAGAGAGGCUUCAACUCAAGGUACCACUGCACCUUCCAUGAAGAAAGGGGGCACCGAACGGAGGACUACGUGCUGUUGAAACAACACUUGGAAGAGCUGGUUGCGGCUGGGCACUUGGAUCAGUACAUUUAUGGAGGCAUAAGGGCCGCUCUGCAAGGACAAGCCGAACCAAAUGGCCUUGCCAUGUUGGACGCGGCACCCCAAGGAGUCAUCAAUGUUAUUCAUGGUAUCAUCGAGCCAGCGCGGGUUUGCGAGCUCAGGGGAAUGAUCAAGAGGGCCGAGCACAUAAGGGAAGUGCUCUCUGUUUAA